GUUCAGUAAAGGAGGCUGCAGAGUGUACAUGAAGUGCUGAUACACAACCACACGCUGAGCAGAGCUCUGCAGAGAGAGUGCAGGUUAAAAAGUGCAGAAACACGGUGAAGAUGAAGUUUGAGAACAUCCUGGAGGACAUCAACGGUUUUGGGCCUUUCCAAAUCAUCAUCAUCGUGCUGCUGUGCACCCCACGGAUCGUCCUGCCCUGUCACUUCCUGUUGAAUAACUUCAUCGCUGCGCUGCCUCCUCACCGCUGUGACAUCAGCUCUCUGGAUGACGGAGGACUCUUCAGAAACCUCACCCAGCAGCAGAGACUGACCGUCAGCCUGCCCGUACAGGAUGAUGGAGGCCCCAGGUCCUGUGAGAUGUUUUCAGAGCCACAGUUUCAGCUGCUGGCGAACGGCUCCAAACUCUUUGAGCCGACAACGGUGCCGUGUCAGAGCGGAUGGGUUUACGACAACUCCACCUUCAGCUCCACCCUGGCAACAGAGUGGGAUCUGGUGUGUGACAGAAAAAGCCUGACACAAACCACCAGCUCCAUCUUCUUCUUUGGAGUGAUGAUCGGCUCCAUAGCGUUUGGAUUCCUCUCUGACAUGUACGGGAGGAGAAACACUCUUCUGGCCUCGUACAUCAUGGCCGGCGUGUUCGGCUUCUCCAGCGCGUUUGCAAACUCAUACGUUCUGUUUGCAGUGCUCCGAUUCUUCACCGGGUUCGGACUGACCGGGAUCGGCAUAAACUCGUUAGUUCUCAGCAUUGAGUGGGUGGACACGGAUCACCGUUCGUUCAUCGGGGUGAUCGGCAGUCUGUCCUGGUCAGUGGGGAACAUGCUGCUGGCUGCGUUUGCCUACCUGGUGAACGACUGGAGGAGCCUCACCAUGACCGCCACUGCCCCACUGGGAUUCGCAAUCCUGACCUGGUGCUGGAUUCCUGAGUCUGCUCGCUGGCUGUUGGCUCACGGUAAAGUGGAGAAGGCCAAGUUUUACCUCGACAAAUGUGCCAGGUUCAACAAGAGAGGAGAUCUGUCGGCCAAAAUACAACUGGAGACACUGUCCAGCAUAGAAGACGCGGGAAAUAAGGACAAAAACUACUCAUACCUCGACCUCGUCAAGACCCCGAAGAUGAGGAAACUAACUCUGCUCACUGGCAUUGUGUGGUAUGGCGUUGCCUCCACCUAUUACGGCAUCAGUCUGAACAUUGGCGCCUUGGGUUUGAACAUAUACCUGACACACUUCAUCUACGCUGCCAUCGAGGUCCCCGCCAAGCUGAUGAUCUACUGCUGCCUCAACGUCAUCGGGCGGAGGAAGUGCCAGGUGGGAACGCUGCUGCUGACGGGACUCUGCAUCGCCAUAAACAUCUUUCUACCUCAAGAUAUGUGGCAACUGCGAAGUAUUGUCGCCAUUCUGGGAAAAGGUCUGUCAGAAGCUGCCUUCACAACAGCCUUCCUCUACACGACGGAGCUUUACCCCACAGUCGUCAGGCAAAAUGGUCUGGGCUACACCAGCUUCAUCAGUCGUCUGGGGAUCUCGGUGGCUCCGCUGAUCUUGCUGCUGGAGGACGUGUGGACUCCUCUUCCUCAGGUCAUCAUCUGCUCCGUGGCAUCUGCCUCCGGCCUGGUGGCCCUGCUGCUCCCAGAGACCCUGAAGCAGAGGCUGCCGGAGACCAUCGAGGACGUUGAGAAACCACUGUUGGUGAAUUAAACCCAGCAUGUGUGGAACGUGAGGAGGGGUUGGCGCCAUCUGGUAGUGGUAGUGAGGAUGACAUACAGUGGGAACAGGACUUUUUCAUCAUGGAAGCGUUUGGAGGUCUACUUUCAAACCUGUUCAUCAACAUCAAAUGCAAUGCAGAUAAACGGAAGAGAAAAUAAAUAUAAAGAAGAUGCAAUCAAACCCCAAAGGCACAUUUAUCAUUACCACCUGCUCUAUAUGAGAUGAAGCACCGCCCCUCACGUGCACAUCUCCAAAUAUGGCUUCACCCAUGUGCAUUAUUAGGCCCCGCCUCUCUUCCAGUUUACGUGAUGAGAUUGGCCUGAGAUCACAUGACCCUAUCACCCGGCCCACAUCUGCAGUGUGUGUGUGUGUGUGUGUGUGUGUGUGUGUGUGUGUGUGUGUUGUUGUGCUCUUUGUCAUGUGCUCUCCUCUCUGAUGACCCUGAUGAAGGUCAAAGCCGAGCAGUCUGAUGCUGAAGUUUCCUCAGGAUUAUGUGAUGUAAAUACUGAAAUUUUAUAAGAUCAUGACACACGUGUUGGACUCAUAUGUUGGUAAUGUGACUUAUGUAGGUGAUAAGGAUAUGAACUGACAGGGAUGAUGGUUGCAGAUUUGCUUAAAUAACUACAAAUCCCGAAUGCAACCCUUCUGUAUCCUGUUACUGUAAUCUGUUACAUGUUUCUAUGCAUUUUACUUGAGAAAUAAACCAGUUAAUAAAUAC